GAAACCUACAGGAAGCUAGCUGAUAGGUAGUCAGAUUAUUUUUAGAUAAACUAUUAUUAAUUUUGUUUAUGAGUUGUUGUUUUUUUACAAGUUGUUGUUUGUUUGAUCAUAUACAGUGUUGGAUUCAAUACCUUUAUCGAUCAAUUUAAUUCGAGACGUAACGUUAAUCAGAAUAGUUGAACAUGAUGCAGUCUAUAGUGCUAACAUAAUUUACUCCGUUUGCUAUUGGUAACAAAGAUUAGUGAGGUAACGUUAGCUAGAGAUUGUCAUCUAAAAUUAAGGCCAGUUUUGUUACAUGGAUGAAGUCGUGGACCUCAGUCAUUCUAGUCACCGCCUCACUGAUGUCUCUGAUGAAGGUCUCAAAAUGAACUCGACAUCUGAACCUUUCUUGCACUUCACAAACUUUGAGGAAUGGCAGAACCAAGAUGCAAGGGAAUCAAAACGAUUGCAAGGAAACAUAGAAGAACACACCAAUAACAACAACAACAAACGAAAGAGCUUCAGUUAUUAGGUUGUUCUACAAACUGCAGGCUGCCUUACAAGCAGCAAAAAACCCUGGACCAGUUUUCAUGAAGGCUAGUAACACUAUAGCAAAGAGUGAGAGGUACCAACAGGCUGAACAUGAAUCUGUGGACAGACAGAAAGCCCGGAACUCCUCUUAUGAGUGUUCUUUCUGUGGCAAAGUAUUUGGAAAUACAAAUGCACUGAAUAAACACCUUUUGACGCACCAGUCAGACCGGCCGCACGUCUGUUCCAUCUGCCAGCGUGCAUUUAAACGUCAUGAUCAUCUGACAGGCCACAUGUUGACACACCAAAAGCGGAAGCUGUUUACCUGUGUAGAGCCAGGCUGUCAGCGAAGCUACUGUGACACCCACUCCCUGAAACGCCACUGUCUGUCUCAGCAUGGCGCUCAGCCCAAGCCUAUGCCAUCAGAGAGCACCUCCACCCACUCCGCCCUCCACCCUGCAGCACAGUGGGAAGCCAAGGCCGUGGACGCUCCAAGUGCGCAAAGCAACAGUGACCAAACUGGCUAUCCUACGAUUUACAUUUCCGCCCCAAAAACUGUCAUCCAGACCAACACCCAGUCCGCAAGCUCGGAUUACCACAGCUAUGUUAAUUACAACAACUACUCAGGGUUUUCUAAUGUGGUCAGAGGACUUGGAGUGGGUCAGUUCACGGUUGAGAGCGCCUCUCAAGAGAAGUCCCUGGUAGGCCGGGAUCAGUGGAUCCCAAGAACUGCCAAGAGUGUGUAUGCCAUGAGCAGAGAUGAAGUGGUGACCUCUCAAGAUAUGCAGGGGUCUUCACAGUGGCCCGUGAGUCUGGAGCCAGGGCCGAGUAGUGUCAAUGCAUCAGAGGCUGCAACAGCACAGACUUAUGGGGCGGACAGCCUGAGCGACUCCUGCUGGGAAAACGCGUUGAAUGAGUUUCCUGUGACGGACCUCCAGGUCCUCGAUAGCAUCUUGUCAUUACAAUCGUCACGGGAGACGGCCAACUGUCACAACGAGGAAAGGACAGUGUCUUUGGAAGAUUCCAGUCAAGCCAAACAGAGUCAGCACACUCACAUAACCCAAGGUCUUACCCAGGUCAAAAAGAUAAAGUCAGAGACGUUGCCUCCGUGGCCCAUCUCUGGCCAUGAAUUUAGCUCAGCAGCAGACCCCCACCACCUGCCCCACAAACUCAAUUAAGUGUAUUAGAAGAAAUGCAUGCUGUCCCUAAAAUGGCUGACAAGGCCAAAAAGAGAGUACGAAAGAAGAAGAUCACAACUGACGAUGUCCUUCCUUUGCCCAUUUGUCACGAAGAAUCAGUUUCCCGACGUCCACGGUCCCGCCCUGGGUUCCUUAUAUCUCCAAGCCAGGUAGCGAUGGCUUCUUUCAGCUCAGAGAGUGCCCCCUACCUGUCUCUUAAGAAGGGAGGUAGUGUCUCUGUCAUCACACGAGCAGAGGAAGGACAGGAGUCUUGUGAAAGGUCAGACUGUGGAGACCUCUCUGAAGAUAGCUUUUCCUGGGCUCAUCCUGCCUCCUCUAGGGCAGGUGACCAUGUGGACUCUCACUCCCCAGAGUCACCCACCUUUGUUCAGCAUGGUCAAACAGUGGAGACCACUGCUGAUGAACUGUCGGUCUCCCAGUGGUCACCCCAGUAUUCCGAGAAGAAGUGUCUAUCACCCCUGAUCAUCCCUGUAUCCGUACCUGUCACAAAAGGCUCAACGGAGAACAGCAUUCACCAGAGUUUUAUGCUAUCCACUGAAAAAGCAGCUCAGUCGGUAGAGGGAGUGGGAUUGAAAAAGACUCGCCGGCUGGAGUCGCUGAAAACCCUCAUCAUUCCCACCCCCCGUCAGCCCCGGCAGCUGUUAGAGCAGGAGGCCUUGGCCAGCCUGCGGUUCCGUGCGACAGGAUGCUACCUAAGCCAGCUGCGCUCCCCCCCAUACUUGGCUGGCCAGCUGAUGAACCCCGACCUGCAGCUCGCCCCCUACACCCCCCCACCGAUGCUGAGCCCGCUGAGGCCAGGAAGUGGCCUGUACUUCAACAAGCUGCCCCAGCAGCAUCCCUGUCCACCCCUGGCCAAUUCCUUCAUCAGUGCUAUGGACAGAAAAGAUGGCAUCUGUAUGGUAGUGGAUGACACCGUUGUCAGCAUAGAGCCGAGGAUCAACGUGGGCUCACGCUUCCAGGCGGAGAUCCCGCCCUUGCGGAACCGGCUGCUGAUGCUGUAUGAGGAGCACCCCGCCCAGAUCGUCUGGUUACCAUGGGGAGACAUAGCCAGUAAUACAGACACACAAGACAGAGUUACAGAGUUCCUGAACAUGUGUUGUUCCAGUGUUCUCCCAGGAGGGGGAACCAACACGGAACUGGCCCUUCACUGCCUUCAUGAAGUGCAAGGAGAUGUUCUGGCUGCUCUUGAUCUUCUUUUGGUCAGAGGAGAUUAUCGUUCCUCCUCACACCCCUUAAAUGACUAUCACUAUACAGGGUCAGACUUCUGGAGUGCCCAAGAAAAGAGAGUCUUCCGCAAAGCUGUGAUCACAGAGAAUAAGGACUUCCAGCGUAUUCAGAACAUGUUACAGAGCAAGACAGUGUACCAGUGUGUUGAGUAUUACUAUGCCAUGAAGAAACUCAAGAAAUUCAAACAGCGUACUCAAGAAGAUAAGAAGGAAGAAGGUGGACUAGACUCUACAGAGUCGCCUACUGGUCCUGACGACCAGCAGGCCAGCAGAAGGGGGGUGCAGCGUUCCCUGACCAGACAAAGGCCUAUACAGCAGCUGCAGACGGCUGCAGACACAUCUAUGGAGUACACCUGUGAGGAGUGCGGUCGGGGCUUCCAGAAGGUCAGGAGUCGGAGUGCCCAUAUGAAGACCCACCGACACCAGGAGCGGAAUUGCUCCAUGGCAUACAGCUGGCCUGCCUGCAACAGAGACGCAGCCCAACAGGCUAUCCCUGGAGGAGAGCUCCCUGGCACCUCCUAGUCAGACUCGCAGUAACUCAGGAUUCUGCAUUUUUACAACAGCAACACGUUGUAAUAGCGGCCACCCUACAUUAUAAAAGCCACAGAUUUCAAAUUGGCCAGUAAAAUGUUCAGUUCAUAAAUCAUUUUUAAUUUUUUAACAAAAUAUUGAAAAACAAAACAA